AUGGAUACCUAUGCACACUCUAUCGUACGAUCACUUGACAUCCAAAAGCCGAUUCCGAACAGAGUAUUGUGGCGUUCAAAGACAGUCAGACCAACCGAAGGAACUUUUCUUGCUGGGGGAUACGAAAUAUUUUUCCGAGAAACAGUCCCCCCUCAAGAAGUUAUUUAUAAAGGAACAAUUCUGUUAAUUCAUGGCCAGUCAUUUUCAUCAUCAACAUGGUUGGAAAAUUCCACGAUGCAGGUAUUCUCUGCUGCUGGAUACAGAUGUUUAGCGUUUGAUAUGCCUGGUUGUGGUAAAACUGGUGGACCUACAGUUUCAGAUUCCAAAAAAGCUGAGAUAAUUCCUCUUGCUAUGCAUGCCCUUGAGCUCGAAACUGUCAUAAUUAUUGGACAUAGUAUGGCCGGACAGUAUAUCGUUCCAUUACUUGGAACAAAUCGGAUAAUUUGCGUUGUUGCAGUUGCACUAUCGAACACAAAUGUAAUGCCAAUAAAUCCCGAAAGUAUUAGGACGUCAGUGCUGGUAAUUUGGGGUGAAAGUGAUACCAGUCUCGGACCUAGUGCAGCCUCUAGUCUCAGCAGGUUACCGAAUUCCAAGCUUUUGAGAAUACCGUCAGCAGGACAUGCUUGUUACCUCAGUAACCCAGUUGCAUUUCAGUCAGCUUGUCUUAAUUUUUUUGAAACUAUGGAAUCCUUCGCUGAUCCUUCAUUGUAA